UCCACAAAGAUGUUUAAAAUACUCUGGAAUCAAAAGUCAAAACCUAUAGUUUUUCGAAUUUUAAUUUAUGGAAUCUUCUUUCAAAUCAUUAUAUUGAUGUUUUUACUGCGAUCGAGAAGCUCUGGAAAUCAAGAAGAAGCUCAGUUGAUAUUAAAUGUAUCGAUUUCCCCAAGAGCAAUGGAAAACGAUAAAACACGGAGAAUUUAUGAUACGACACUUGAUGCCAAUUCUUUGAGAAGCGAGGAAGACGUAGUGGAUGUAUGAUUUUAAAUAUUACAUACAAUCUGAUUGAAAUUAAGAAAUAAAAGCUCGGUUU